AUGGUCGGAUAUCAUCCCGAACCAAUCAACGGGAAAGCGCUCUCCUCAACAGAACAUUCGGAAGCUGGACUUGCAUCGGGAAUCGCUACAAGAGCCAUCAUUCAGCCUCUCGACGUGCUGAAAAUUCGCUUUCAAUUGCAAGAAGAACCGAUACGAGGGAUAGAAAGUGGAAAAUACAAGGGUGUUGGCCAAUCGAUUCGACUGAUCAUACGCGAGGAGGGAGUCUUAGCGUUUUGGAAAGGUCACGUGCCAGCACAAGGGCUCUCCGCUGUCUAUGGCCUCGUGCAAUUCGCCUCUUUUGAAUGGUUUACAAAACAGGCUACAGUUCUCUUCAAUCCGCCGAAAUCCUUCGAGAAGGGCACCGAUUUUCUAUGUGGAGCGCUUGCUGGUUGUGUCGCGAUGACGGCCGCAAUGCCCCUUGAUGUGAUCAGAACGCGACUUGUCGCUCAGGGAAUCGACAAAGAUAAGUUAGUCUAUCGAAGCACCUCCCAUGCGAUCAUGAAAAUCUAUAAGUACGAGGGACUCGCCGGAUACUUUAGAGGUUGGGUGCCAUCGGUGGCCCAAAUCGCGCCAUUCACCGGUCUCCAAUUUAUGCUCUACAAUCUCUUCAUCGGAUGGUAUCACACGUUUGUCGAGGGAAAAGAUUCAGGUGGCGCUCUUCUUUGUGGUGCAAUGGCAGGAACAGCGGCGAAAACUGUCCUCUAUCCACUUGACAUGGUCAGACAUCGAUUGCAAAUGCGUGGUUUCCAAAGGAAAGGUUUUGGCAAAUCGUCAAAUUACAGCAUUGGUAUGACAAGAACGUUCCGGCAUGUGAUCAAACACGAAUCGAUUUAUGGACUGUUUAAGGGUCUCUGGCCAUCACAAAUAAAAGCGGCCGCCAAUUCGGGAUUCGCCUUUCUUUUCUAUGAGCUCUUCUGCGAUCUACUUCGCGCGAGAAAAGAGCUUCGACAA